CAUGACAUUCACAACCGUCCUUUAUCUUGAUAUCCGAGCUAUUUGUCUGGUACUUAGAGAUCAUCUGCGGCUGCGAAGCAAACAUUUUUUCAGGAUGACUCAUGACUUGACUCUUGUCGGUGUGAACAUGGUUGUAAAUGCUCUGUUUCUAUUCUGAAUAAUGAGAGUAAUGAUAUCAUUGAAGAACGUUAAGAAUGACCUGAAUGCUCUGAGUGAACCAAACAAUCGAAGUGAUCUGAUCGGUCUGAACCAUAUCAAUGGAUUGGAUGAGUUGGAUGGGCUGGAUGGGUUGAACUCGUUGAACUGGUUGAACGUAUUGAAGGAUUGGAAUGGAUCGAACGAUCUGAAUGGAUUGAAUGGGUGGAAUGCGUUGACCGAUCUGAAUGGGUUGAACGAUCUCAAUGCUAGGAAUGGUAAGACUGUUAUGAUUGAAGUGGAUUAAAGCAAUGACCUCGCGGUCCUCGAUAGUUUGAAUAGGCUGAAUAUUCUGAAUAAAAGAAGCCAUAAAUAAAGUAUCUGAAACCUUCUGUUGUGAAAACUAUUUCCACAGAA